CUCUACGUGUAGUACUCAAGACAAUAAACCAAAAAAAGUCAUCGGAUAUGAGCAUGAAAAACUGGUUAUAUGCAUGGAAGGACCCAACCCUGAAUCUGAUCUUACUGGAAGACAGUGCGGCAGUCAUAGGCGUUGCCUUAGCCUCUGCAGGUGUGGGACUCACUCAUCUCACUUCCAAUCCUUUUUACGACUCCUUGGGAUCUGUUUGUAUUGGCGGACUUCUGAUGUUUGUGGCAAAUUUCAUACUACGCAGUAAUUUAGAAACAAUCAUUGGAAAGUCAAUUCCACCAAAACAACUGGCAGGGAUCACUUCUGAUCUGGAAUGUGAUAAAGUUGUAAGAGGUGUCCACGACGUGAAGACCACUGAUAUGGGAGGCGCGACAAAAUUCAAGGCAGAAGUGGACUUUGAUGGCAAGAUGGUUUCCUUAAAUUACCUCAGUAGACAAAACAAAAAGGCAAUAUUGGAGGAGAUGAAGUGUGCCAAGACUGUGGAGGAUGCAGAAGCUAUCAUAGUGAAGCAUGGGGAGGGGAUAUCAGACCAACUUGGCAUGGAGAUAGACAGGCUGGAGAGUAACCUCAAGAAAAAACAUACUCAUCUGCGGCACAUAGAUAUAGAGAUAAACUGAAAGAAGCAAGGAUUCUGGAAAAAAGCCAGGAUUGAAUGCUGCUAAAUGAUGAUAUAUUUUAUCAUUUUGUUCCCUUUGUUAUACACUGACACAGUAAGUUUUUGAGAGUUCUGCAUUGUGCAUUGCAGCUUCUUAAUGGCUGGACCUUCACAAUGCGUGGUUUCUUUCAAAGGAACCGAAUGCCAGCAGGUGCUACAAAGUGGUCCUAACAAAUUGCAUACAUGUAUAUGAUCUGCUUGAUUUUUAACUGUAAACCAGCAGUAUAAACAUAGUGGUGGCUGAACGCAUUGUCUUAUACUGAGGACUUACUAGUACACGUAAUAUAAGAAGGAAAAUUUGCGGUUGUUUUUUCUUGUGAAAUUGCUCUAAAUUAUACCACAUUGUGUCUCAGUUUUAUGUGAUAAUUUAUCAAUAUGCAAGUACAGUCAGAAGGUUCUUGUUGUUAGUUUACAAAUUUAAGCCAGUUUGUAUUAAUCUGUGAAAAUUUGAACAUUUGUCUCAUUACUAAGGGAACUUUGAGGUUAGACCAAGUUGUAAUAUAAAGGUGCAGAACCUUACAUUCGAAGUAUAUGUGUAGAUUUUACUUUUUUUCCCCAACACGUUUGUGUAGGUGAGUUGAAUUAAACACUGUUAGCACUUGUAGAGCAUAAAUCCGGGUGAACAACCUAACCUGUUGUUUCGAAGCCCCUUUGGGGGUCAUCUUUAGUUAUUUAUUUUAAAACUUGAAUUGAGCAGCAGGUUGUCCUACCGCUUGAAAAGAUUAUCUCUAAGAAUCAAAAGUGGUCAAAAUUAUAAUGGUGAUAUUUGCAUACUGCAGUCAAGAGCUUUUUCCACAGAAAUAUGGAAUUCUCCAUUUUUUAAUUCAGUUGUGUGCGAUUGUUCCCCAGAUUCAUCAAGAUCUGCAAUAAAAUGAUAAAUGUUCAGUUUUUUUUUUUUUAUCCUAGGCUCAUGUUCAAUAAUGUGUUGGUUACUUAUCAAUAUGCUAUUUAUUUAUUUAUUUAUCUGCUUGUUGUCAUUGAAACAUUGUGUAUUUGUAAGUGCCAAACAUUCCUGUGCGUGUGUUUAAGUUAAAAGUUCUGAAGGUCAGUUGACAAGUUUAUAUUAUUUAGAACAUGCCUCUGUAUAACUUCUGGCAUAACAGUUAACAGUAGAGCUUUCUAGUAUCUGUGUUUAAAACUGGUUAAUUUGCUUUAUGUCAAUUUUGGUUAUUUUCAAAAAAAGAAAAAGAAAAAAGUGCUUUCUGACUAGGUAAUAUAUUCAUGUUCCUGAUAUAGCUUUAUGGUAGAUAGAUAGAAAUAAA